UUCCUUGCGCAACACUGCUGGCUUUUAGAGACACUGCAUUUUUCCCUUCAUCAUCUCUUGUUCUCUGACCUUGUGUGUGUGUGUAGAAUGUCUUGUGACUAGUUAGUGGCAGAUCGGUAGAUCGGGCUUCCAGGCUGCUGGGAGAAUGGGUGGCCAUGGGUACAUGUAUGUGUGUGUGACCUCAGACGCCGGACGGGAGAGGCUGCAGCUCAAGACUCAAGGAAACUGAGCAUGCAGAGGUUUGUGGAGGCUGAUUACUAUGAGCUGGACUGGCAUUAUGAAGAGUGCACUGACGUUCUAUGUGCUGAUCGAGUGGGCCAGAUGACUAAGACAUAUAAUGAUAUAGAUGCUGUGACACGUCUCCUGGAGGAGGUAAGCCGAGAUGCUAACAUACAGAUCUCUACGAUUGCGGAGGAGCUGGCUAAGAAAACAGAGGACGCCUCUCGGCAGCAAGAGGAAAUCACACACCUCCUCUCUCAGAUCGUGGACCUGCAGAAAAAAGCCAAAUCUUAUGCACUAGAAAAUGAAGAGCUCACCCAGCACCUGGGAGCUGCUAAAGAUGCCCAAAGAGCACUAACAGCAGAGCUGAGGGAGCUGGAGGAUAAGUAUGCUGAAUGUAUGGAGAUGCUUCAUGAAGCUCAGGAGGAACUGAAGAACUUCAGGAAUAAAACGCUGCCUCUAAGUACACCGCGACGAUUCCACUCACUCGGCAUCUUCCCCAUGGACUCUUUAGCUGCUGAAAUUGAAGGCUCCAUGAGAAAAGAGAUUCAGAUGUCUGAUCCAGACGUAGAGGAACAAAGGUUGCACCCUAAACGUGUCUUUGAGACAGUGCGUAACAUCAACCAGACUGUUCGGCUGUGCUCCAUGGGCCCGUCCCCCAUGAACAUCCCAGGGUCCAAUCAGACAUCCUGUAUGAAUUCCAGGCGUUCUAGUUGUCUGAGCACACCCCGUUCGAGCAUGUACGGAGGGGACGGUGUUGAAAUGGACAACCGCACUAACAGUAUGCUGAUGGAAACCCAGUCACAUCAGGACGGCUCUGAUGACUCCAACAGAAAGCCUGGCACGCCUGGCACACCCGGCUCUCGUGACCUGGAGGCGGCACUGCGUCGUCUUUCCCUUCGACGGGACAACUACAUUAGCGAGCGGCGUUUCUUUGAGGAGGAGAGAGAGCGUAAACUCAACGCCCUGGCAGAAGAGAAGAGCGAAUUAUACGAAGAGAGAGAUGGUGGGAGUGGCAGUGAAGACGGCGGCCCCCUCACUCCGGCAGACAGCAUCAUGUCUCUGGGCACCCUGCACUCGGUUUACUCCAUCUACAGCAUCCGAUCCUACCUGCCGGAGAAACUCCAGAUCGUCAAGCCUCUGGAAGGUUCGGCCACUCUGCACGCAUGGCAGCAGCUCGCUCAGCCACACCUGGGUGGCAUCCUGGAUACACGGCCGGGCGUCGUGACCAAGGGCUUUCGACCACUGGAGCUGGACCUGGAAGAGGUGUACCAAUUCACUGACCUGGAGGAAGAUGAGCCAGGACAGCAUUCUCAAUCUGCCAUCUCUACCUCUUGCCUGGGCUCUCUGCCUUGUUCACCUGCUUUGCGACGACCUCGUGCCAACAAUACUGAUAAGCAGGAAGAGCAGCUCAGAGAAAAUGGAGGGACCCCUGGAGUGGGGUCAGAUCGAAUGGAGGCUGUAGAGAAGGAGGUCUUAUCUGGUGAGGGACCCUCGUAACCCCACUAACCCUCUGGACAGGCUUAGGGGGGAGGGAACAUAAAGCCUCACUAUAAAACAGACAAUGCCCUAGUGGAGUACCCAUAAGCCCCAAUUGUAUUGUGCCUGUGAGGGUCUAGGAUGAGCUGGUUCUCUCCUCGUUCAGCUGCAGGCACACACCCACUGCACAUC